AUGAGAGAGAAAGGAAGGGAGAGAGGAAGGGAUGAGGAAAGGGAAAGAACAGAAAGGGGAGAGAAGGGAAAGGGAGAGGACAGAAGAAAAGGGGAAGAACAGAAAGGAGAGAGAAGGGAGGAGGAGAGAACAGAAGAAAAGGAGGGAAAGGAAGGGAAAGAGGAAGGGACGAGGACAGGGGGAGAAAUAGAAUGGGAAAGAAGUGAUAACGAGAGGGAGGGGAGAGAGAUUGAAGGAUAA